GUCACGUGAGGCGGGGCGGGGGGCGCAUGCGCGCUGCGGAGGGCGGGCUGGUGCGGGCCGGGCCGGGCGGCCGCUCCCCUGGCUGGCAGUGCUCGCUAAGAUGGCGGACUUCCUGCCGUCCCGCUCCGUGCUGUCGGGCUGCUUCCCCGGCUGCCUCCUCACCAGCGGCGAGGCCGAGCAGCAGCGCAAGUCCAAGGAGAUCGACAAGUGCCUCAACCGCGAGAAGACCUACGUGAAGCGCCUCGUCAAGAUCCUGCUGCUGGGCGCGGGCGAGAGCGGCAAGUCCACCUUCCUCAAGCAGAUGCGGAUCAUCCACGGGCAGGACUGGGACCGGGCGGCCCGCGAGGAGUUCCGUGCCACCAUCUACAGCAACGUGAUCAAGGGUGUGAGAGUCCUCGUAGAUGCCAGAGAGAAACUUCAUAUCCCUUGGGGAGAUCCUGCGAACCAGAGCAAUGGAGAUACGAUGAUGGCUUUUGAUACCCGGUCGGUCACAGUGGUGCAAGGGAUGGUGGAGACGGCAGUUUUUUUACAGUACCUCCCGGCCAUAAGAGCUCUCUGGGCAGACAGCGGUAUCCAGCACGCGUACGACCGGCGCAGAGAAUUCCAGCUGGGGGAAUCUGUAAAAUACUUUUUGGACAACUUGGAUAAACUUGGAGAACAAGACUAUCUUCCCUCACAGCAAGACAUACUGCUGGCACGAAGACCCACAAAAGGGAUUCAUGAGUACGACUUUGAAAUAAAAAAUGUUCCUUUCAAAAUGGUUGAUGUAGGUGGCCAAAGGUCAGAACGGAAACGGUGGUUUGAAUGCUUCGACAGCGUCACAUCGAUACUCUUCCUCGUUUCCUCAAGUGAGUUUGACCAAGUGCUUAUGGAGGAUCGGCAAACGAAUCGCCUUACGGAGUCCCUGAACAUUUUUGAAACAAUAGUCAAUAACCGGGUUUUCAGCAACGUCUCCAUCAUUCUCUUCUUAAAUAAAACGGACUUGCUUGAGGAAAAAGUACAAAAAGUGAGCAUCAAAGACUAUUUUCCAGAAUUUGAAGGGGAUCCCCACUGCUUAACAGAUGUCCAAAAAUUCCUGGUGGAUUGUUUUCGUACCAAACGCCGGGACCAGCAGCAGAAGCCCCUCUACCACCACUUCACCACUGCUAUUAACACAGAAAACAUCCGGCUAGUUUUCCGCGAUGUCAAGGAUACCAUCCUUCAUGACAACCUCAAGCAGCUUAUGCUACAGUGAUGUGCAAAAAGACAUUUUAUUUGAGUAACUAUUGUGUGUUUUUUUUAACUAGGAGUUUACAGCAGGAAUAGAGAAAUUCAGAUCCUGUCAGACUUCUUGAUAUGUGGCUAAAAGCUGCUGCUGAACACAUUAUUGCCAAUUUCUGCAGUAAUUCAGGCUUAAUCUCUACCAGUGUAGCUUCAAGUUGACUCAAGUUGUAAUUUUAUAGCAGACCUAUGUCUAAGUUACCUGUAAAGUGAUUAAAUUUGACCUUUUGAGAAGAACAUGUAUAUUAUCCUAGAAAAUUCAUUCCACCUUCAGAAUUCCAAGCCCAAACUUGAGUGAAAUCGUUGCAAUUGUUAAGCUUUGGCAGUAAUUUUUGGGGGGGAGAACUUCUCACAUCUAACUUCAUAACGAAGACUGUGAUACCGUAGCUGACUUAGGAUUUCUCAGGUCUGUUGUUGGCUAGAAAACCCAUAAAUCCCUUGCUGGAAUCGUGUAUUUGAAGCUAGAAUUCCUGGGUGUAACGUACUUCCUAUUUAAGUAUAAAUCUUUGCAUGGGGUUUGACUAGGAUACGCUUUAAAAAUACCUAGGUUGGGAACUAAAGACAUGUGGCAGGAAGUACCAGUGCAGGCAGCAGUCCAGAGACAAGGGAUCAGCGAAUGGCACAGCACACUGCUUCACUCCUUUGCAUCGUAAGUACUCGACGUCUUAGAGCCAUGGCGAAGCACAGAGCACUAUGAGAUGGUCCUCUUGAAAUUUGGAUGUGGGAAGGGGGAGCAAGCUAAACUCGUAUUUCUUAUCUUCACGAACCAGAUGUUACAUGUAGGUACCUUACCUUUCUUGAAGCGCUUUAAUAUAUCACUGGUUUAUCUUAGUGUGCCUCCUCUGAGUCGGUAAGCAUUUGGUGAUGGAUAGAAGUACUUGCAGACCUAAGUGCCUCCUUGUGUUCUGUCCUCCUACAGCAGUUUCAGUGGCCUUAUGAGCAUGUGUGUUCCCAGCAGAGGCCUUGUGUAGCUGACACCGUGAAGAUGAAUGUUUUUUUAAAGGGAAAAAAACAACAUAUCACAGCAGAAUGUGCUUCAGCUGAUGAGGUUCUUUCGGAGACUUCCCAAUUGGGUCUACCAGUCCUAAGUGUACUUGAGCCAAAUACGUUGCACAGCGUACUCCCGAGUGCUGGCUGUAAUAAUACUUUACCAAAAGUUCCAUUGCUUUUUUUUUUUUGGGGGGGGGGGAUACUGUUGCCAUGUGAUUACAAAAUAAUAAGAAAAUGCUUCUUGCCCAGAAAUCCUCAUACACCAUGCAGCAUGCAACUGAGUGAGCUUGCCAAGGUGCCAACGUGUGUUUUCAAAAAGUAGUGCCGCUACCAAGUCUCCCCCAGGCUGUAGUUUUAGUCUGUUCAGCUUGCCACUUUGCCCCGUGGAACUGGCAAAUUCCUGUGGAUCGUGAUGCUGGCCGAUGUCUCCUUCAAGGAGUUUUUAUUAACACACCACGUGGGUGGCGAGAGGAGUGACAUGAUAUUCUCACUGCUUGGAGCCGUGUCCCUGCAGGUGUGAUCGUGUUAGGACAUAGGAAAACUGCCCGUCUUCUGAACUUAGCCUUUACUUACUGUGACUGUAAGUUGUGUUAACACCUCUGGACCUCGUUCUCCUGCCCGUAGAAGGGGAAUCGUGUGUUUUUAUUUAGUUAAGUGCUUUGAAAGACCUCUAUUUUUUUAUAUCAUCCAAGGAGUAGUCAUAGAUUAGUCUGCAGUGUCUGCGAUGAGGCGCUAUUUUGGGAGGAAAGAGUUCUGAAAGGAGCUUUGGAGAAGUCAGUGCAUAAUCCUCUCAAGGAAGUCAGCGCAGCACUGAUGUCAAGAGGAUUAAUACAGUCUUUAGAUGGGGAUAUUUAAUGGAGAUUUUGCCUCCUUAGUAGGCAUGGCUAUGAUUACUUUUGGUUUUUUCUUCAGUUCAUGUGAGAGCAAUUCAAGAAGGAUGAACUAAAGACCUUUAAAUACCCUCAGCAGCCCUUUUGAAGGAUUGGGCAACAUGCACAGGGUCCAAAAGUUCUCCGUUCUCCUCCCUGGGGAAGGAUUACAGGUUGAUCUGGCUGAGCUGUAAGUGCUGUGUGAGCAGGCAACAAACCUCUGUCUAGUAGCCUCCAAGUAUGUAACAAAGUCCAUUGUUUGCAAGCAGAAGUUGAACAAACCCACACCCUUGGAGUGAGGGCAAUUAACCAUUGGAACAAAUCAACAGGAGGAGUAAGAGACUUUUUUUUUUCCAUUGCUGGCAGUUGUUUGAACAAGUUUCUUUUGAAAAGAGACUUAAGUCUGCUCUAAUUAAAAUAAUUAAUUUGGAGAGGGUCUGUAGUAUGUGUUUUGCAGGAUGUCAGACUAGAUGAUUAAAGAAAAGGCUAAAGACUGGAUAUUGGAUGAUGAUGAAUAUUACCAGGAAUCUGUCUAAAAUCUGUUUAUGUGAAGUGUUGAUGAAUUUUUGUCUAGGGACCUGUUAAUUUACUUAGAGAUCCUCAAAACUGAUGUCAGUCGAAGGAUGUAGUCAGUAUCACCAAGGCACUGGACACUUCUGAUAUUAGCUAAAGUAGGAAAAAUACUCAGCAGGCUUCUCCCUGAACCAACACCAAAAAAAUAAACCCAACCCCACCCUGUUUUUAAUCCUUUCAGAUCAUUUUCCCUGUGAACACCGGGGCCUACGAGAUAGCGAGGUGAAUCCCACAACGUUGGGUAACUUCUGACAAAGUCGGCCCUGGGAGAUAAGCACUAUAUGAAUCUCAGGCAGAAAUGAAUUAUUUUAAUGAAAUUACUGAAUCAAAUCACUUGCAUUUCCCACUCCCACCUCUUUGAAGGGAGUGAGGCAACUAACCUUGAUGUAACUGUUUACAUGGUUCCUAUGUUAACAUGCUGGGUAAACAAAGUGAAUCAACAUUGGGCUUUUCCAUCUCCAAACUCGCUAUUCAUUAGCUACCUGAAAAGAAGCACAUCAUGUACUGUUGUCUUUCUUUUUGAUUUUAUUCUAAAUAUAACUUCUUUAUAGCAGGAUUUAAUUUUGGUACAAGAGCUGAAGGGCUGAUGUUGUUGAGCAGACUGAUUUUAUUUUUAUUAAGCUUGAGGCAAGCGAACAAGUCACACGCGGCUAGUAAGAGUCACGCGUGUUAGCGGCAGCCAGCCUGUGGUACAAAGGCAGGAGAUGGUUCCAGUGAAGGUGGGAAAGCAAGUUUCACAAAACUUUUAGUUCUCUAUGGUGCAGCAAGCCCUGUUAAAGAGAUGACUGAUCGGUGACCAUAUGGAGAUAUACCACUGUCUUGUACAGUCCUCCUGUACGUGAAGGUGAAAUUGGUGUUUUAGGGACUGUUCCCGGCUGCGGUGCGUUCAGCUGCGUUGUCUGAUACCUUAAAACUGUGGCUGUUCAUCAGGGCUUUAAAAAUUUUUACUUUUUUAUGUGUUGUAUGUGGGAGCAUAAGCCAUCAGCUUGUGUAAAACUUAAAGCUUUCUUUUGGAAUACCCACUGAUAAAAAAAGAAAGACAAUAAAAGGUGGGUUCAUUGAUCUCAAUGGCUGUAUAUUGGACUUGUUUGUCUAGUAAGUGGCUUUAAAUUUUGCCCGUCAGAAUUAUCCUCGCAAAUUGUUCAGAUGAGGUGAGUGUUUCAAGCUUCGUGACACUUGGCUAAUAAUAGUAUUUAUGGUCGGUUUCGGACAGCUUAUCAAACCGCUUCUGCUCAUCGUGUUUAGAAGCAAGUCCCUGCUUAAAGACUGAGAACUAUACACGUUUAAUGUGGCCAUUGCCAUCAGGAGACUCCUCUAGCUGUUUCUCUUUAAGGUUGAUUGCAAAUUGUUCAUUUUCCGACAGUAACGUUUCCUGUUUCAGAUCAGAAGCUUCAUGCCAUACCGAAUUGUCCACAAGUUAACUUUACAGGUCUUGUCUGUUUGAUGGUACCAUUAAUUAACAUAGUUGUUUUUUAAUUACACAGCAUUGCAAUACAGUGCCAUUUUGCAAUUUCUUUGCAUUGUACUUGAAAAUGAAUUGCAGACUAUUUAAAACCGCUUUCCUGCGCUUUCAGUAGCAGUGAGAGCUUACCUUACGUGAAGCCUUUAUGUAAAAAUAUAUUUUGUAACAACCUCAUAGAUCUUUAACAAAACCAAGAUUUGUAUUAGCUUUGUAUAAAUGUUUGUGGCUUACACUUUUAUAUGUUUAACUUUUUAUAAACUUUCCAGGGACUACUUUUUAUUGUAAAUUUUUUUUCUCCUUGCUUUAGUUUAAGAUUGGCAAUAAGUUAUUUCUAAGGGAUGUCUUAGAAGAAAAAGCAUCGCUUCCUUUUUUAUAAAACGGUUAAAUCAAUUAGUUUAAAACCUCUUCCAUUUGCUUGUACAUUGCUCUGUACAUACUCUUCCAAAGUGUUGCCUUUCAGCUAUUAAUAUUUGCCUUGUGUACAAAAAUUACUGACAACGAAUAAACAUAUACAGCCUCA